AUGGGCAAGAUGAAGAUGCCGGCCCUGUUCCGCCGCCGCUCCUCCUCCAAGUCGCGCUCCGCGUCGCCGCCGACGACUCCUCCCCGGGAGGAGCAGCAGGAGGAGAGCCGGCAGGCCAUCGGGUCCCCGGCGCGGUCGGCGGAGGAGGAGAUGGAGCGGGUCUUCCGCAAGUUCGACGCCAACGGCGACGGCCGGAUCUCGCGGCCGGAGCUGGCCGCCCUCUUCGAGAGCCUGGGCCACGCGGCCACCGAGGACGAGCUGACCCGCAUGAUGUUCGAGGCGGACGCGGACGGCGACGGCUUCAUCAGCCUGGAGGAGUUCGCGGCGCUCAACGCCACGGCGCCCGGCGACGACGAGGAGGACCUGCGGCUCGCCUUCAAGGUGUUCGACGCGGACGGCAGCGGCGACAUCUCGGCCGCGGAGCUGGCGCACGUGCUCCACGGCCUCGGCGAGAAGGCCACGGUCCAGCAGUGCCGGCGCAUGAUCGAGGGCGUCGACAAGAACGGCGACGGCCUCAUCUCCUUCGACGAGUUCAAGGUCAUGAUGGCCGCCGGCUUCGCUGCCAAGAUGGCCUGA